AUGUCUCCGGUCCUCACACGAGCUCUUUUGUCUGGUGCAUCGGCUUUUACAAAGAGCCGCAUCUACCUUUUUAUCGCUACCACAAUCCUGCUUUUCCCCAAUCCUGCACACACUACACCUUUACAUCACAUCCCUGUUGCGGCUUUAGAAGGAAAUGUCAACAGGACCAGUUCUGAUGCUAGCCUUUGGAUCAACCUCGGCGUGGCGAUCGCUCUGGUGCUUCUUGGCGGUAUCUUCGCUGGCUUGACUAUCGCGCUGAUGGGCCAGGACGAAAUCUUUCUCCAGGUUCUCGCCGUCUCGGGCAAUGCAGAGGAGCAGAAAAAUGCCGCACUCGUCCUUCGGCUGCUUCAGAAAGGCAAGCAUUGGGUGUUGGUAACUCUCCUGCUCAGCAACGUGAUCACGAAUGAGACGUUGCCUAUCGUUCUCGACCGCUCGCUUGGCGGAGGAAUUGGUGCCGUCGUCAGCAGCACAGUGCUAAUCGUCAUUUUCGGCGAGAUCCUUCCCCAGUCCGUCUGCGUCAGAUACGGGCUCCCUAUCGGCGCAUGGAUGGCACCCCUCGUCUUGAUGCUCAUGUGGAUACUGUGCCCGGUCGCCUGGCCCACCGCCAAGCUGCUGGACUACCUCCUUGGCGAAGAUCAAGGAACUGUGUAUAAGAGGGCCGGUCUCAAGGCGCUGGUCACGCUGCACAAGUCGCUUGGCAUUGCUGAAGAUCGCCUGAAUCAGGACGAGGUCACCAUCAUUGGCGCCGUGUUGGACCUGAAGGACAAGCCUGUCGGAAGCAUCAUGACGCCGAUAGACGAGGUGUUCACCAUGUCUGCUGACGCUACCCUGGACGAGGACACGGUGAAUUCCAUACUCUCUGCUGGCUACUCCCGGAUUCCUAUACACAGUUCCGACAAUGCCCGUGACUUCGUUGGCAUGUUGCUGGUCAAGUUGUUAAUCACUUAUGAUCCAGAAGAUUGUAAGCGUGUGAGUGAUUUUACGCUUGCGACUUUACCCGAAACCCGUCCUGAAACCAGCUGUCUUGAUAUCAUCAAUUUCUUCCAAGAAGGAAAGUCGCAUAUGGUUGUGGUUUCAAAUUUUCCUGGAGAGGCUUUCGGCACGUUGGGCGUUGUCACCCUGGAAGAUGUGGUUGAGGAGCUGAUUGGAGAAGAAAUCAUUGAUGAAGCGGACAUCCGCCGCGGAAACGGCAAUUGGAGAAAGCCUCUCCCUGUCGAAGUUGACAGUGACCUCGAGCGGAAAAAGGAGCCGCGCAUCAAGUUCGGCCCUUCCAAUGCUGCCAGCGAUCCGAAAUCAACGCGUAUCAGCACUGUGAAGAUCAAGCGCAGCGCAGGCUCCAUGCUUGAAGCUGCUGUCGCAAGCGAUCAGCGUGGGUGCAGAACUCCUUUACUUGGCAAUGAGCAUGGUCAAAGGGCUCGCCCAAUUCCAAUUCCGCCGCCCUCUACUAUUCUUGAGAAGGCAAUUGCCCGUUCAGGAUCGUUAUCGGAAAGUGUGCGAGAGGUGGACGGUGUCAAGAAAGUUGUGCUAGACGUCUUGAAUGGCUGA